GGUGCGAUCAGUGGUGAGAUGCUGCCUCUGGCUGCUUCGCCACCGACAGCCGCACGGUCGACUGCCGCACAGAGUGCUCUCUGAAUCCGAGCCGACCGCUGCCUACUCAGAAAAGCUCUCAUCAUAACCUAUUCUGCAAAUUUUUCCGCUGUAUCGAGUAGCUACUAACCAACAUUAAACCACGAUGUCUUCAAUGAACGCAGUUUCUAGCGAGCUUUUGUAAGACCAUUGCGUUAUCCACUAUCAGCUAUCGACCGUGGAAAUGUACCCCUCUGCUUGGAUUAAUUUUUUAGGUACAACUGUGAUCUCUACUUGAUCUCACAUCGACUGGACUGGAGCCGAGGACCACUCCACUGGCUGCUAACCAGUUAGAACUAGCCCAAAUGUAAAGGUUUCGAUCUAGUUUGUAGAUAUGCGUUAGUAAUUAUGUUAUUAUAAUACAGUACUUUAUUUACUGUAUUUGCUUUGGCAUCGACUUAGUUUUAGAUUGUGUAUCAUUUAAACAAGGCUGCGUGGAGGCUACAAGCCAGGGAGAUUUUAGUCAUCAAAGCACAUCUGACUGGCACGGGAGCAGCGGGAGGGUUCGGUUCGUUUUAGUUGAUACGGAAUGCGAUCCACUAAAUAACCAAGCCUGCUACACAGGAGAAAACACACAUUCAUGAAAUUUCAUCCAAAAGGGAGCAUGUCUGAGUGACAAGGGAAGGAGAAAUUGGGAUCUCUGAAGGUCCUCCCUUGCUGGUGGAGCCACUGUACAUCUGGACCGGAGACCCUCUAAAACAGCUGAACAGAAUGCGGAGGUUUGCCUACUGUAAGGUGGUUCUGGCCACCUCCUUGGUGUGGGUGAUGUUGGACAUGUUCAUCCUGCUCUACUUCAGUGAGUGUAACAAGUGUGACGACAAGCGGGAGAGGGGCCUGCCCGGUAGAGACGAUACGGUGGCCAGGCCCAGGGACGGCCCGGGAGAAGGAGGUAAACCUGUGGUGAUUUCUAAGGAGAACCAGGAGAAGAUGAAGGAGAUGUUUAAGAUCAACCAGUUCAACCUGAUGGCCUCAGAGAUGAUCGCUCUCAACCGAACCCUGCCCGACGUUCGCCUGGAGGGCUGUAAGAAUAAGCUGUAUCCAGACGAUCUACCGCGUACCAGUGUGGUGAUUGUGUUUCACAACGAGGCCUGGUCCACUUUGUUGCGGACCGUACGCUCUGUCAUCGACCGCUCGCCCAAGUCUCUGCUGGAGGAGAUCGUUCUGGUGGACGACGCUAGUGAAAGAGACUUCCUGAAGCGUCCGCUGGAGCAGUAUGUGAGGAGGAUGGAGGUUCCAGUCAGAGUGGUGAGGAUGGAGCAGAGGUCUGGACUGAUCAGAGCUCGUCUGAAAGGAGCCUCACUCUCCACUGGACAGGUCAUCACCUUUCUGGAUGCUCACUGUGAGUGCACUGUUGGGUGGCUAGAACCUCUGCUGGCCCGCAUCAAACUAGACAGGAAGACGGUUGUGUGUCCAAUCAUUGACGUGAUCAGUGAUGACACGUUUGAGUACAUGGCCGGUUCGGACAUGACCUACGGAGGCUUCAACUGGAAGCUCAACUUUCGCUGGUACCCUGUUCCACAGAGAGAGAUGGACCGUCGCAAGGGAGACCGCACCCUGCCUGUCAGGACUCCUACCAUGGCCGGUGGGCUGUUCUCUAUAGACAGAGAUUAUUUCCAGGAGAUAGGGACGUAUGAUGCCGGCAUGGAUAUCUGGGGAGGAGAAAACCUGGAGAUCUCCUUCAGAAUCUGGCAGUGCGGAGGGACGCUGGAGAUUGUAACGUGUUCUCACGUGGGUCACGUGUUCCGCAAGGCCACACCCUACACGUUCCCAGGGGGAACAGGACAGAUCAUUAACAAGAACAACAGACGCCUGGCCGAGGUCUGGAUGGACGAGUUCAAGAACUUUUUCUACAUCAUCUCCCCUGGCGUGACCAAGGUGGACUAUGGUGACAUCACGUCUCGCUCCUCCCUGAGACAGAAGCUGCAGUGUAAACCUUUCAGCUGGUACCUGGAGAAUGUCUACCCUGACUCCCAGAUACCACGACACUACUACUCACUGGGAGAGAUCCGCAACGUGGAGACUAACCAGUGUCUGGACAACAUGGCCCGUAAGGAGAAUGAGAAAGUUGGCAUCUUCAACUGCCAUGGCAUGGGAGGAAACCAGGUGUUCUCGUACACGGCAAAUAAGGAGAUCAGGACAGAUGAUCUCUGCCUAGACGUGUCCAAACUCAACGGUCCUGUCAUGAUGUUGAAGUGUCACCACCUUAAAGGAAAUCAGCUCUGGGAGUAUGACACCAUGAAGUUGACCCUGGUACACGUCAACAGCAACCAGUGUCUGGACAAGGCCAGUGAGGAGGACAGCCAGGUGCCCAGCGUCAGAGACUGCACACACACUCGCUCUCAACAGUGGCUGCUGCGCAACGUCACACUGCCUGAGAUCUUCUGACCACCGUCUAGCCCCCCCCCACCCACACACACACACACACACAGAUGGAGAGAGAGAACGAGAUGGAGAGGAAGGGACAGCGGACACCAGAGCGCACACAGAGGAGGAGAGCAAUAGAUGGAUGAAACGGGCACCCAUGUACCAUUCAAUGAGCACUCCUGCUGUGGACCGGGAGGCUGGGAGAGACCACGUGGCAGGACUCACGGGAAAGAGGGAGAAAGACAGCUGGGGUUUUAAAAGAGAGACCCGCUCCUGGAGAGAGACUUACUGUUAAAGAGAGAGGUUGACGGACUGACAGCAACUGUGUUGCUCACAACUUUCAUGGACAAGGCGGUCUCCCCAAUACUGCAAACUCAUCACUUAUGUUUACCUGACUGCCUGGUGUGUGUUGUGUGCAUGCGUGCCUGUGUGGAUGGGCGCUGUGAACGUACAAGUGUGUGUGUGAGUGUUCUGAAAUGAAGAAGGCUAUUUCUUCCUGAUUUUUUUAUUUAAUUUUUUUAUGGUGAACUUAGGAUGGAAGGGUGUGUGUGUUAGUGAGCAUUUGCGUAUGUGUGUGUGCGCGCAUGUUUUGUGACAGCCGCACCUCUGGCGGUUACUGUCUCCCUCUAGUGUUCGUCCCCUGAGUUGCAGCCUAAAGAGACUUGGAGAGAGAUGGAGAUGGAAACAGAAACAGACGGAGAGGCUUAGAACUCCCCAGCCAAGCACCAAGGAACUCAAUGCGCUGAACCACAAACUGAACCCCUAAUGGACGGACCUGCACUCCUAAAGACAAGAUACUAUGUUUGUGAUAUACUGAGAUUUCUAUGUAGACUUUUUUACAUGGCUUUGUUUGUUACUGUGAGAGUUCCACUGAGCAGAGACUCUAGUUUAUCUGUCUGUCUAUGUCUUUAAGGUAAAGUGUUUAACAUAGAGCUAAUAAGGCCACUGGUUUAAGUUACCGUUGUACACAGAUCCAGGAUCAGUUUACCCCGAUCAGUGUCUGAAGGCAACUUGAGACAUGUAUUGCGCUAAUACACAUGGCCCUGGGCCUGCAUAUCUGAUCUGAUGGAUCUAAGCAUCACAGACUUACAAACCCAGAAGUGAAUACACACACACAAGCUGAACAAAAUUGACAUAUUAAUCUUCUUUAUCAUAUCUUCCUAGUGACCUCCUCUUGAUGAUACAUUAAGGGCUCCAUCCUGUGUGUGUGUGUGUGUGUGCGUGCGUGUGUGCGUGUUUGCCUUUGUGUAUCAAGCAGCCACUCUGUGCUAACCUCCAGCCUGCCAACUCCAAUCUUAUCAGCAUCUACUGAUUCCAGAUCUACGAAAUGCUGUUUCCAUAUCCCCAAACAGCACAGUGGUGCGACACAGACUGACUGGGGGUCAGUUAGGGCAGUGUUGCAGCUUCAUACAUUGUCUCCUGUGGUUAGUGUAGUUAUUCAAUUGUGGGAGAGGGACACAAGGUGGAAUACACAAUCUCAGUCCAUGACCAGACUGUAUCUGCUGAAAUAGAUUGGUUUCCACUGGUCCACACCCAGAGACUCAUAUCGCUCCUUUCUUUCAAACUCCUCUUAUCAUUAUGCGUUACCUCUUCUUUUUCAUUCUUUUUUUUUUAAUCACUCUACUACCGAUGCAUCACUGCAGGAGAGAUGCUGACGAUCAUUAACCAUUUUGACCUCCUUCAAUGGGGGGGAGGGGUUUACACGUGGUUUUACAUUUCAUUGGCUCGUCUUUGCAGUGGAGGUCGGGUGCGGGGGCUAUACUUGGAUGGAUUCAUGUUUGAAUGACUGUAUGAUAAAGAUGUAUGAUUUCUGAUUGGUGGGUUUUGAUUGGGAGACAGGCGAGGAACGUCUGUAAAGGCUUGAAUCUGUCACAGGGUCUGUUCGAUUGACAACUGAUUGAAUAGAUGUCCAAGCUUCCACACUGAGCUGAUCCAAACGUAGAAAUAAAAGUGACAACGUUUACAGAACAACACAAUAAUCA